AUGAAACUCAAAACCCUAAUCCAAACUCUCUUCAUCUCUCGUGUUUGUCGACUAAUCCGCGAAAUCUCAAGAGCUUCAUCCAUUCUUGUUAGAGUCUUGAGGAAGAAGCAAUACAAUCUCUUGUCAGUCUCUUCUUUACUCUACCCAAAGAGAGCCUCCAAGAAACAAAGGAAUAACAUUUUCUUUGGCUCCUUUAGACUUCACUACAACUUUUGCUCCUCUCAUGUAGUGCCGGUCUCUGCGCCAGUACGUCUCCCUGAAGAGCUCUACUUGGCUCAUCUCCAGUACGACUCCACUUUGGAGUCCAUGUAUUCGAAAGAAUCGCUGAAUGGUCUCGGUGAUGAUGAUGUUCAUGAACCAUCUCAGCUCUCUAGCUAUCUAAGACAGCUAGAGGAUGAUGAAGAAGAAGAUGAAGAAGGUAAAGAGGUAAGGAUGAUGAAUGAAAUUGAUAAAUUAGCUGAUAUGUUUAUAGCAAAUUGUCAUGAGAAGUUCAUGUUGGAGAAGGUUGAUUCGUAUAGGAGAUUUCAAGAUAUGCUGAAUAGAAGCAGUUGA